AUGGCUUCAGAAGAACCGGCACCACCAAAGACAAUGCUGUUGUUCAGCAAAAAGUCACCAGAGGAGGCCGCUAUCUUCGGCCUCCGAGGGAGUGACAUUCAGGAUCUCAGAGCUGAACCAGUCUCUGGCCCCCCUGCUACGCCCGAUGAGUGGGGGUUUACGAGCCCAACGGCAGAUGGAAUCUGCAAAUACUGUCAACUCAUGCUUCAUCCAGAUCCACCACAACUUAUAGAGCAUCAGCCCAAUGUCAUGCACCUGAUUAACUCAGGCGAUACGUGCUCGACUUGCAAAUGGCUGGAAAUUAGCAUACAGCGGGGUGCCACCUCAGUGCUAGCUGAAUUUCAGCGAGGCAACCCGGAGUUAUGUGACGAGAACAACUUCUCAAGGCCUGUUACUGUCGAGUUGACCAAACAUGAGAAAUAUAUCAUGGCAGUCGGCUGGGUUGGAAACAGGCAACUUUACACGAAUGGUGGAAUACCUCUGACAAUAUCUUCGCCAUCCCGUCUAGGAAGCCUUGCUACCCGGAGAUUCUGGAUUCCUCACGACGAACUGGACGAAUCAGAACCUUUCAAGCGGCAAGAUACGCUAAAAACCUGGCUGAAGGAAUGCGAAUCCCACGAACAGUGCAUCGAAUCUCUUCCUGAUACCAAGGCAGCAAAGCUUCCGAGGCGCGUGUUGGACCUGAGUGGAAGUGUGGACAUUCCAUCGGAUCCUAAUGAUAUCAAGAUCAAACUACGAGAGACAGAGGAGGGGGAAACGGGAACUUACACCGCUCCAAGCUACUGUUAG